CAACAUAUUCUCGCUAUUGCUUGCGUCAAAGGGAGAAGGUGUUGAAUGAUUCAGAACACGAAGAAAUAUAUAAACGAUACAGACUUCACCCUCUCUCACACCACCAUUGAUAUCACAAGCAGCCAUGGAGUCGCACUACACGAAGAGACCAUUCCUCCUCUUCCUCUCCUUCACCGUCCUCCUCGUGUUGAUCCGCGCUGACCCUGAUCCUCUCCAGGACUUCUGCGUCGCCGACCUCGGAGCUACUGUGGUCGUCAAUGGGUUCCCGUGCAAGCCCGCGUCCGGAGUCACGUCCGACGACUUCUUCUUCGCCGGACUGUCCAGGGAGGGCAACACCAGCAAUAUCUUCGGGUCCAACGUGACCAACGCCAACGUGCUCAGCUUCCCGGGGCUCAACACCCUCGGCGUCUCCAUGAACCGCGUCGACGUCGCCCCCGGCGGCACCAACCCGCCCCACAGCCACCCGAGGGCCACCGAGCUCAUCAUCCUCCUCAAGGGCCGGCUGCUGGUGGGGUUCAUCAGCACCAGUAACCAGUUCUUCUCCAAGGUCCUGAACCCCGGCGAGAUGUUCGUGGUGCCCAAGGGGCUCAUCCACUUCCAGUACAACGUCGGCAAGGAGAAGGCGCUCGCCAUCACCACCUUCGACAGCCAGCUCCCCGGAGUAGUGAUCGCCUCCACCACCCUGUUCGCAUCGAAUCCGGCGAUUCCCGACGAUGUGCUGGCCAAAGCUUUUCAGGUGGACGCGAAGGUCGUCGCUCUCAUCAAGUCCAAGUUUGAGAGAUAAAGGCACCGGUGGUUUUAAUGGAUUAAACUGUGGUGAUUGAAAUGACUCAAACGUGUGGUUCCUAUAAUUCCUUCCAUGCAAGAAUAUACUACUGUAUGGUUUGUUUAUUAUGGAGAAUAACGAGGAAUUGAUAUAAUUCCGCUUUUAGACUAUACAAUAAUCCAUUUUCCA